GUGUGUGUGUGGGUGGUGGUGGUGGUGGGGGGGGGUGACGCUGCAUUGUGGCACAGUCUCCCUCUGAAGUUGUGGGCUGUCUGUCAUCGGGACAUGCUGCUUCCUCUCUCUGGUGGAUGACAGAAUAUUUACUACUGCACAUGAUCAGACCCCCGGUCCGGUGAGUGAAGAUGAUUCCCGUGCUGAUCUGUGUUUUGAUUUCACUGAGCGUGGCCACCAACGACCUGGACUCUCUGUACCCGGAGCUGGAGCUCUCCAGAACCAUCUAUGUCACAGAAAAUGGCCCUCGCCUCUCGGUGGUGUCGGAACAAUCGAAGGUCGUGUCGCGGCGAGGAGGAAACGCCACGUUACCGUGCAAGAUCCAGAGGGACCAAUCACUGGCGCCCAACCGCAAGAUGAGGAUCAAAUGGACCAAGCUGACCUCAGACUACCUGAAAGAGGUGGAUGUUUUCGUCGCCAUGGAUUACCACAAGAGGAGCUACGGCAGUUUCCACGGACGUGUCCACCUGCAAGGCUCCGCUCCCAUGGACGCCUCUCUGGUCAUCACCGAAAUCACCCUGGAGGAUUAUGGGAAAUAUAAAUGUGAAGUUAUUGAUGGGCUGGAAGACGGAACGACGGUGGUGUCUCUUGACCUUGAAGGUAUUGUUUUCCCGUACUUCCCCCGCCUCGGCCGCUACAACCUCAAUUUCUACGACGCCGAGCGGGCCUGUCGCGACCAGGAUUCCAUCGUGGCGUCCUUCGACCAGCUGUACGACGCGUGGCGAGGAGGCAUGGACUGGUGCAACGCUGGCUGGCUGAACGACGGCUCGGUGCAGUAUCCCAUCACCACCCCGAGAGAACCCUGCGGAGGCAAGAACACGGUGCCAGGCAUUCGCAACUACGGCCUGAGAGACAAGGACAAGAACCACUACGACGUCUUCUGCUUCACCUCCCACUACAAAGGUCGGUUCUACUACCUGAUCCACCCCUCUAAGUUGACCUAUGACGAGGCAGUCGGGGCGUGUCAAAAAGACGGUGCUCAGAUCGCCAAGGUCGGCCAGAUGUAUGCCGCCUGGAAGCUGCUGGGCUAUGACCGCUGCGACGCCGGCUGGUUGGCCGACGGCAGUGUCCGUUAUCCCAUCUCCCGCCCCCGCCGGCGCUGCAGUCCCACAGAAGCAGCCGUGAGAUUCAGCGGCUUCCCCGACAAAAAGCACAAGCUGUACGGAGUGUACUGCUUCAAGGGCAACAACUGAAAUGUGCAGACACACAUACAAACAACCUGCAAACACACACACGUACACACAUAAGCAGGCACACACACACACACACACACACACACACACACACACACUAGUGGAGUGAAAAAGAGACAGAUUUUUGGAGGUAUGAACAAACACAUUCAAACUGUGAUGCUUAAUUUCAUGGAAACCUUAAGACGGAGUCAUGUUGUUGCUUUGUAAUCUGGGACCUGAUACUCUAUAAGGGAUAGUUUACACAUAUUUAAGGUUCAUAUUAUUUAAUCAAUGCCUUUGA